AUGUCAGGAAUUGAAGAAACUUCACAUGUAUCAUCAGAAUUUCAGGAUGAGAGGAGGAGCGAGGAAGGGGUCGAAGAGGAGCCCGAGAUUGACUAUGAAAACCCGUUCUGUUAUGUGUUUUACAGGUAGGCUAACUAGCUAGUUAGGCUAGCUAGCUAGAACAGUGAUUGCAUGUUGUGGUUAGUGAUGGCAAAUUUUUGCCAUGCAUUCAUCAUAAGUGGAAGAUGCAUAAAGACUAGUUCACAUUGCUAUCAGGGUGUAGAUAGUCAAAUAUUAUUCUCUGUGGAGCAAUAUGGCAAUUUCUCCCAACUCCCCGAGCCGGUGUGAGUUAGCUAACUAGCUUGCUCGCCUUGAAAGGGAGAUCCGAGUGAUCUGUAAUUGAUAGUCAACUUAAUUAUAGCUGGGUGUUAGUGUUUUAUAUUUUUGCAUUGAUUUAAAAGGGAUACCUGAACAAUUGUGAUAGCCGCAUUGGCUGAGAGAACAGUUGCCCCAUUCACUAAUGUCCCUCUAUCUUUACCCCUCUCUCUCUUGCUCUCCCCCUCUCUCCACGCUCCCCCCCUUCUUCUCCCGCCCCUCCUCUCUUCUCCCUCCCCUCGGGAGAAAAGGGAGAAAAGCGAAAAACCUCUCCGGAAGAUCCCCAAAACUCCAAUCUACCCCUCUCCCUCUCCCUUCCUUCUCCCCUCUCUCUCCCUUCCUUCUCCCCUCUCUCUCCCUUCCUUCUCUCCUCUCUCUCCCUUCCUUCUCCCCUCUCUCUCCCUUCCUUCUCUCCUCUCUCUCCCUCCCUUCUCCCCUCUCUCUCCCCAUCUCUCUCUCUCUCUCUCUCCCUGCUCCACUCAUAUACAGAGACAGGAAAGAAUGGGCUGAUUUAGAACCUGUUCCGCAAGAUGAUGGUCCCAAUCCUGUAGUGAAGAUUGCCUACUCUGACAAGUGUAAGAUAUUAAACAUAUAAUUUAGAACCAGACAUCCAUAUUGUUUUAUGUAUAUUGUCUCAUGCAUUUAGCCUACCAAAUGUCCCUUUGAGUAGUUAUGAUUCAUGUAAAAAUUAUUUCACUUUGCAUCAGAAACUUUUCAUUUCACACAUAACCAAUGCAAACAAACAUGUCACUUUUGUAUCCAAUAGUCACAGAUGUGUAUGACUAUUUCCGAGCGUUAUUGAAGAAUGAUGAAAAAAGCGACAGGGCAUUUGCACUGACGGCUGAAGCCAUUGAACUGAAUGCUGCAAAUUACACUGUAUGGUAAGCAGAUGUUAUUAUGAUUUAAGAACACAACAACAGUAGAAUAUCAAUAGUUUUAUUUGGUAUGAACCUCUCUUCUUCGAAAGUGACAAGUACAAGACCAUAAAGAAAGGGUGUACUUUUUCUCUCUCCGUUUUCUGUGUGUAUGUGUGUGUGAAGGCACUACCGGCGAGUGUUACUUCAGGCCCUGGAGAAGGACCUGAGAGAGGAGAUGAGGUACAUUACAGCCAUCAUCGAGGACCAGCCCAAAAACUACCAAGUCUGGUGAGCUCUGCCAAUCUAGAUUUUAGUGUCACUUAACCAGUAUCACGAUCUGACAAUUCUCGAUUUUCCAUGGCAAAAAGCAAUCACGAAGCAGACUAACACUAUGGUCCUUUAAGAACCCACUUUAUGUAAAAUAUGGUGUGCUAUACUUUGGAAAAUAAACAGAUGUGACUGGAUGACAACAUCAGGCUGUUUGUCUCCAACAUUUGCUUUUGAGCAUAUAUAUACAUUUUCAUUCUCAACAAGUUGAACAAUAAACAACUUCUUCUGUUCUACUUGUGUAGAACCAUAGAAUCUGUGUCAAAUUCGUCUUCUCCUUAUCCUAGGCACCAUAGACGUAUGGUGGUGGAGUGGCUGAACGACCCCUCGGAAGAACUGGAGUUCAUUUCAGAGAUCCUAAGUCAGGACGCUAAGAACUACCACGCCUGGCAGCACAGACAGUGGGUCCUCAAGGUAGGAGCCUCAACAACUAGGCUUGCGUUUGUAACCCAUGGUGAAUUGUUAGCUAGUUAGCUGUGUGCGUGUGUGCUAGUAACAGCCAUCGUGCAAGUGACAUCUCCUGCCCUGAGACAUAGAAUUACUGUUGUCCCUGACCAAGUGACAUCUCCUGCCCUGAGACAUAGAAUUACUGUUGUCCCAGACCAAGUGACGUCUCCUGCCCUGAGACAUAUAAUUACUGUUGUCCCUGACCAAGUGACGUCUCCUGCCCUGAGACAUAGAAUUACUGUUGUCCCUGACCAAGUGACGUCUCCUGCCCUGAGACAUAGAAUUACUGUUGUCGUGGACCAAGUGACAUCUCCUGCCCUGAGACAUAUAAUUACUGUUGUCGUGGACCAAGUGACAUCUCCUGCCCUGAGACAUAUAAUUACUGUUGUCGUGGACCAAGUGACAUCUCCUGCCCUGAGACAUAGAAUUACUGUUGUCCUGGACCAAGUGACAUCUCCUGCCCUGAGACAUAGAAUUACUGUUGUCCCAGACCAAGUGACGUCUCCUGCCCUGAGACAUAGAAUUACUGUUGUCCCUGACCAAGUAAAUCUCCUGCCCUGAGACAUAGAAUUACUGUUGUCCCGGACAAAGUGACAUCUCCUGCCCUGAAACAUAGAAUUACUGUUGUCGUGGACCAAGUGACAUCUCCUGCCCUGAGACAUAGAAUUACUGUUGUCCCGGACCAAGUGACAUCUCCUGCCCUGAGACAUAGAAUGACUGUUGUCCCAGACCAAGUGACAUCUCCUGCCCUGAGACAUAGAAUGACUGUUGUCCCAGACCAAGUGACAUCGAAUUACUGUUGUCCCGGACCAAGUAAAUCUCCUGCCCUGAGACAUGGAAUUACUGUUGUCCCGGACAAAGUGACAUCUCCUGCCCUGAGACAUAGAAUUACUGUUGUCCCAGACCUUGGCUUUUCUGGGUCAGUGGUAUUGACUGUGCUUAUUGAGCAGGAAGUGUUGCUGUGCAGAGUGUCUCUGGAUAAGCCCAGUUUGGGAUAUGGACUAGACCUACUCUGUUACACAUUCACAAUCACAUAACUUCUUAUGAAAUGGAGAGUAUAUGGCUGCCUAUAGAGUAUGUAAAUAACAAUCUAUUGCUAGUGGAAAAUGACAAAUAACAAUCUAUUGCUAGUGGAAAAGGACAAAUAACAAUCUAUUGCUAUCGGAAAGGGUCAUAUAACAAUUUAUUGCUAUCAGAAAGGGUGGCGCCAAAGAUCUCCUGUCUUUUUGUCUCUGAUUGGAAGGAUAAGCUGACACUUCUGCUAGAUGAACAAAGCGAUGAACCCAGUUUCGGUUGUCCCUUUCCUUUCAUUCUCUCACUCUACUUAUUAUAGUAGUGUUUCAUGAUUUACAGUCAAACUGCAAAAGCAUUGUGAAUGUAGCCAACCGAAGACUCAAUGGCCCAAUUUUGAAUAUGUUUUCAGCUCCAGAUUUGUGGUAAGGAAACCAAGUGGUUUGAUUUGCAUAAUUUAUUUUGGCAUGUCUAUGCAAAUGAAGUAACAUUUGCAUUCUGCCACCGAACAGACCUGCUGCGGCUCUCUGAAAUGGCUGCAUUAUAUGCCUGUGCAGUUUUAUUGUCCUACAGUUAUGUGUGAUUGAAUUUAUGUAUAGUCUUGGAAAGUAUCUAGUAGCGGAUGGAUCAGAAGUAUGUCUCUAGGAUAUCAGAAGAAGGGAGAUUUCUGAACAAGAAAAUCCUUUAUGUGCAGUGCAUAUUAUGAAAAAAAAAUUUAAAAAAUGAAUGCAUUCACUAACUGUAAGUCGCUCUGGAUAAGAGCGUCUGCUAAAAUGUAAAACAUUUAAAAUAUUAAUCACAAAUCAGAGUGGUCACGUGCCAUUGGAAUACUGUAUAGCAAGGACAAUGGUGUGUUUGUCUCUCUGUCAGUACUAAAUACGUGUAUGGAGUGUGUCUUGACUAAAUACUGUAAGUGUGUAUGAAGUGUGUGUCUGGACAAAAUACUGUGUAUAUGGAGUGUAUGUCUGGACUAAAUGCUGUAAGUGUGUCUGGAUUAAAUACUGUAAAUGUGUAUGAAGUGUGUGUCUGGACUAAAGUGAGUGUAUGGAGUGUGUCUGGACUAAAUAAUUGUAUAUUGCUCUCCAGGAGUACAAGCUGUGGGACAGUGAGCUGGAGUAUGUGGAGCAGUUGUUGGAGGACGAUGUGAGGAACAACUCGGCGUGGAACCAGAGGCACUACGUCAUCUCCCACACCACAGGCUACUCAGACCCAGCCAUACUCAACAGAGAAGUACAGUACGUGCCUGCUCUCCCUACAUGCCGUAUCUCAUGUCAGCCCCACACCUUACCACUAUUGAGUAGAAGCUGAAAAUGGGAAAGGCUUGGUCCAGAAACAACCUCCUAGCCCCUAGCCACUAGACACUUCAUCCUCCUAGCCCCUAGACACUUCAACCUCCUAGCCCCUACCCACUAGACACUAAACCUCCUAGCCUCUAGCCCCUAGACACUUCAUCCUCCUAGCCCCUAGCCACUAGACACUAAACCUCCUAGCCCCUAGAUCCUCCUAGCCCCUACCCACUAGACACUAAACCUCCUAGCCCCUAGACACUUCAUCCUCCUAGCCCCUAUAAUAAUAAUAUAAUAUGCCAUUUAGCAGACGCUUUUAUCCAAUGCGACUUAGUCAUGUGUGCAUACAUUUUUGUGUAUGGGUGGUCCCGGGGAUCGAACCCACUACCUUGGCGUUACAAGCGCCGUGCUCUACCAACUGAGCUACAGAGGACCACACUUCAACCUCCUAGCCCCUAGCCACUAGACACUUCAACCUCCUAGCCCCUAGCCCCUAGACACUAAACCUCCUAGCCCCUAGACACUUCAUCCUCCUAGCCCCUACCCACUAGACACUAAACCUCCUAGCCCCUAGCCCCUAGACACUAAACCUCCUAGCCCCUAGACACUUCAUCCUCCUAGCCCCUACCCACUAGACACUAAACCUCCUAGCCCCUACCCACUAGACACUAAACCUCCUAGCCCCUAGCCACUAGACACUUCAUCCCCCUAGCCCCUAGCCACUAGACACUUCAACCUCCUAGCCCCUAGCCACUAGACACUUCAACCUCCUUGCCCCUAGACACUUCAUCCUCCUAGCCCCUACCCAUUAGACACUAAACCUCCUAGCCCCUAGCCACUAGACACUUCAUCCUCCUAGCCCCUAGCCACUAGACACUUCAACCUCCUAGCCCCUAGCCACUAGACACUUCAACCUCCUAGCCCCUAGACACUUCAACCUCCUAGCCCCUAGCCCCUAGACACUUCAACCUCCUAGCCCCUAGCCCCUAGACACUUCAACCCCCUAGCCACUAGACACUUCAUCCUCCUAGCCCCUAGACACUAAACCUCCUAGCCCCUAGCCACUAGACACUUCAUCCUCCUAGCCCCUAGCCACUAGACACUUCAACCUCCUAGCCCCUAGCCACUAGACCAGGGUUGCCCAACCCUGAUCCUGGAGAGCUACCCUCCUGUAGGUUUUUGCUCCAACCCCAGGUGUUACUAACCUAAUUCAUCUUAUCAACCUGCUAAUUGUUAGAAUCAGGUGUGCUAGAUUAGGGUUGGAGCAAAAACCUACAGGACGGUAGCUCUCCAGGAACAGGGUUGGGCAGUCCUGCACUAGACACUUCAUCCUCCUAGCCCCUACCCACUGGACACUUCAUAUAUCUGAAAGGAUGUGAUCAGUAUGAGCAUCAUUAUAGUAGCUCCACCUUGCCCUCUGAUAGGCUAGAUGGGUCUUCCGGCAUUACACCUAUCAAAUCCUUUUGGAUCUCCUUGGGUAAGACAUUAGGGAUUCUGUUUGAAUAUGGGGUAGGGCUUGUUUCUGGACUGGGUAGAGAUUUCCAGUGUGCUACAUCAGACACAUAUCUGAUAAAUGUGUUCUCCUUUGUCUUUUUUAAGGUACAGUCUCAAACAGAUCAAGAAGGCUCCCCACAAUGAAAGUGUGUGGAACUAUUUGAAAGGGUAGGUGUCAUACAGGAUUCAUUCAGUAGGGAAUUAAAUAAUACUAAAAGGGACACUUAGGGAUUUAGCAGAUUUUUAUGUCUCUGCAUCAAGUAUGAAGGAAGUUGGAGGUCGUUUCGCGAGCCAAUGCUAACUAGUGUUAGCGCAUUGACUGGAAGUCUAUGGAGUCUACUAGCAUGCUAGCAGUUACCAUAGACUUCCAGUCAUUGUGCUAACGCUAGUUAGCAAUUGUGCUAACGCUAGUUAGCAACUUCCUUCAAACAGGGACAUAAAAAUGGUAUCCACGAGUUCAUCUGACUCUGGCAAAGUACUGUAGAUAAAGGGCUUCAUUGCCAAAAUCCUUAAGUAUUCCUUUUAAAGGUUCAAUGCAGACAUCUUUUAUCUCAAUAUCAAAUCAUUUCUGGGUAAAAUUGAGUACCUUAGUGUGAUUUGUUUUGCAUUAAAAUGGUCAAAAAGAAACAAAAAUAGAUUCUUAUCUAAAAGCAAUUUCUCAAGCAAGAAUUUUGCUAGGACUGUCUGGGAGUGGUCUGAGUGGGGAGGGGAAUACUGAAAACUAGCUGUUAUUGGUUUGGAACUCUCGUUCUUAUUGGUCUAUUAACUAAUUUACCGCCUGGUGAUAUAACCAGGCAGGCCAAAACUCCAUCCCACCAAAACAGGCUGACAUUUCAGCCGGUCUUUUCAAACAGCUACUACACUAAUAGGGCAUUAUCAACAUUUUCACAAUUUCACACUAUUAUUCCAACCUCAUAGUGUGGAAAUAUAUAUAAAACACAGGUAAAUCAAGUUUUUGACUGCACUGGGCCUUUAAUUUGUGAGUCUACAACAUUAUGGCUAGUAAUACUAGUGCACUUAUCUUGCAGUUUAUAUCCUCCACCAGCAGAUGUCAGAAGUCACCAUGUUUAGUGUAGGAGCUCUGAAUUGGGAUACUGCUUCUGUAGAGUUGCCAAAGCUUUUCACACCCCUCGCCGCCUCCUUUUCCCCCCAGGAUUCUGCAGGACCGGGGCUUGUCAUCCCACCCGGGUCUCCUGGAGCAGAUCCUGGAGCUCAAGGAGACCCACUGCUCGCCCUACUUACUGGGCUUCCUGGUGGACAUCUACGAGGACUCCCUGGAGAACACCUCAGGAGAUCAGGGCGAGGUCCUUAGCAAGGCCCUGGAGGUGAGCAGCACUGGGACCUAUCUGACUUAAAGGGAUAGCUCAGCACUGGGACGUAUCUGGCUUAAAGGGAUAGCUCAGCACUGGGACGUAUCUGACUUAAAGGGAUAGCUCAGCACUGGGACGUAUCUGACUUAAAGGGUAUGUUCAGGACAUGUACCAAGUGUAUGGGAAAAUAGGCACAAUCUAAUUUCACAUUUGGGAUUACUUUAUAGUAGUGAUAUGCAUAUCAAAUUGUAUUUGUUACAUGCGCCGAAUACAACAGGUGUAGACCUUCCUGUGAAAUGCUUAUGUACAAGCCCUUAACUAACAAUUUCAGCUAAGACAAAUAAGAGUUCAGAAAAUAUUUACUAAAUUAACUAAAGUAAAAAAUAAAAAAAUAAUAACACAAUAAAAUAAGAAUAACGAGGCUUUAUACAGGGGUACUGGUACCGAGUCAAUGUGUGGGGGUACAGGUAUAAACAACUAUAAACUAAUUUUAGAGACAGAUGGUGGCAGAAGUAGGAUUUGGUUGUGCACUCAGGUGAAAGGAGUCUUUAGAUCACUGUUUCUCAAUCCAUUUCCUGGAGGACCCGAAGGGAGUGCACAUUGUUAUUGUAGCCCAGCAGUAGCACACUUGAUUCAACUAAACACCAAGCUUUGAUGAGUUGAAAUGUGCAAGUACUCGGCCCGAACAGAAAUGUGCACAUCUCAUCUUAGGGAUCCCCCAGAAUGCAUUGUGAAACUGGUGUAGAUGCUGAAGAACUUGGCAACAAUGUGCAGAGAAUGGAAAUGGAGUGUUCUACCAUAGCCGAGACAUCUCCUUCCUUAGUACACGUCCAGUAUAAAACAUUGACUCUGAGUCAAUCAGUGUAGAACAGCCCUCGCACCAACAGUUCAAGGCUGAGGAAAAGGGUAAUUCAGUAGGAAUUAUUCAAUGAGUCCGCGUGUCGGAUUUGAUAACUCUUUCUCCUAUCACGCCUGAUUUUUUGCGUGCUCUUCCAAGCCUCCAAUGUCUACCUGGCAGUUUGAAUGACAGCUCGUAUGUUGCCUCUGUUGGGUAACUACAGUGAGGGGAAAAAAGUAUUUGAUCCCCUGCUGAUUUUGUACGCCCACUGACAAAGAAAUGAUCAGUCUAUAAUUUUAAUGGUAGGUUUAUUUGAACAGUGAGAGACAGAAUAACAACAAAGAAAUCCAGAAAAACGCAUGUCAAAAAUGUUAUAAAUUGAUUUGCAUUUUAAUGAGGGAAAUAAGUAUUUGACCCCUCUGCAAAACAUUACUUAGUACUUGGUGGCAAAACCCUUGUUGGCAAUCACAGAUGUCAGACGUUUCUUGUAGUUGGCCGCCAGGUUUGCACACAUCUCAGGAGGGAUUUUGUCCCACUCCUCUUUGCAGAUCUUCUCCAAGUCAUUAAGGUUUGGAGCCUGACGUUUGGCAACUCGACCCUUCAGCUCCCUCCACAGAUUUUCCAUGGGAUUAAGGUCUGGAGACUGGCUAGGCCACUCCAGGACCUUAAUGUGCUUCAUCUUGAGCCACUCCUUUGUUGCCUUGGCCGUGUGUUUUGGGUCAUUGUCAUGCUGGAAUACCCAUCCACGACCCAUUUUCAAUGCCUUGGCUGAGGGAAUGAGGUUCUCACCCAAGAUUUGACGGUACAUGGCCCCGUCCAUCGUCCCUUUGAUGCGGUGAAGUUGUCCUGUCCCCUUAGCAGAAAAACACCCCCAAAGCAUAAUGUUUCCACCUCCAUGUUUGACAGUGGGGAUGGUGUUCUUGGGGUCAUAGGCAGCAUUCCUCCUCCUCCAAACACGGCGAGUUGAGUUGAUGCCAAAGAGCUCCAUUUUGGUCUCAUCUGACCACAACACUUUCACCCAGUUCUCCUCUGAAUCAUUCAGAUGUUCAUUGGCAAACUUCAGACGGUCCUGUAUAUGUGCUUUCUUGAACAGAGGGACCUUGCGGGCGCUGCAGGAUUUCAGUCCUUCACGGUGUAGUGUGUUACCAAUUGUUUUCUUGGUGACUAUGGUCCCAGUUGCCUUGAGAUCAUUGACAAGAUCCUCCCGUGUAGUUCUGGGCUGAUUCCUCACCCUUCUCAUGAUCAUUGCAACUCCACGAGGUGAGAUCUUGCAUGGAGCCCCAGGCCGAGGGAGAUUGAUAGUUAUUUUGUGUUUCUUCCAUUUGCGAAUAAUCGCACCAACUGUUGUCACCUUCUCACCAAGCUGCUUGGCGAUGGUCUUGUAGCCCAUUCCAGCCUUGUCUAGGUCUACAAUCUUGUCCCUGACAUGCUUGGUGAGCUCUUUGGUCUUGGCCAUGGUGGAGAGUUUGAUUGCUUCUGUGGACAGGUGUCUUUUAUACAGGUAACAAGCUGAGAUUAGGAGCACUCCCUUUAAGAGUGUGCUCCUAAUCUCAGCUCAUUACCUGUAUAAAAGACACCUGGGAGCCAGAAAUCUUUCUGAUUGAGAGGGGGUAAAAUACUUAUUUCCCUCAUUAAAAUGCAAAUCAAUUUAUAACAUUUUUGACAUGCGUUUUUCUGGAUUUUUUUGUUGUUAUUCUGUCCCUCACUGUUCAAAUAAACCUACCAUUAAAAUUAUAGACUGAUCAUGUCUUUGUCAGUGGGCAAACGUAAAAAAUCAGCAGGGGAUCAAAUACUUUUUUCCCUCACUGUAAAUGCUUGGGUGUGUGUGUCGGAGUUAUUUAGGUUUCUUGGAAAGUGUUUUUCUUCUUCUGCUGCUGUUUUCAAUGGGCAUUGGCUCAUUCAGAAAAGUCACUGCAGGAGCUCUGAUACUUAUUUCAGUUUCGGCUACUCGGAAAUGCAUGCAGCAGGAAGGGAUUGCUUUCAAUUGGUUGUUGAGAAUGUGAUUUGUAUUUUUCCUCUAUUUACUUAAAGAAUUGAUGUUUCUCAAUGCUAGUGCAACCGUGGGAGGUGUAAAUGUACAGGUAAAUGCCAAAAUAAUGGAAACAUUUGAGUAAAUGAGGGAUACAAAGUAUAUUGAAAGCAGGUGCUUCCACACAGGUGUGGUUUCUGAGUUAAUUAAGCAAUUAGCAUCCCAUCAUGCUAAGGGUCAUGUAUAAGAAUGCUGGGCAGGCCAUUAUUUUGGACAUAUAGGAUGACAGUGCUCCCAUCCACAGGGCACGAGUGGUCACUGAAUGGUUUGAUGAGCAUGAAAACUAUGUAAACCAAAUGCCAUGGCCAUUUCAGUCACCAGAUCUCAACCCAAUUGAACAUUUAUGGGAGAUUCUGGAGAGGCGCCUGAGAGCGUUUGUCACCACCGUCAACAAAACACCAAAUGAUGGAAUUUCUCGUGGAAGAAUGGUGUCGCAUCCCUCCAAUAGAGUUCCACACACUUGUAGAAUCUAUGCCAAGGUGCAUUGAAGCUGUUCUGGCUCGUGGUGGCCCAACGCCCUAUUAAGACAAUUUAUGUUGGUGUUUCCUUAAUUUUGGCAGUUACCUGUAUGUUGAGUAGCCACUAGCCUACUAAUUCACUAGCAGUACUCCUACCAUGGCUGUGUUAGCGGUGGUAAUGGAUAGAAUAUACAUAAUGACCAGGUAAUUUGAUUUGCACAUACGCAAACAAGCAAGUGUUUUUUUAUUUACAUUUUUGUUUUUAUAGGGGGUAGAUCACCUUUAAUAUUGCAAUACUGUAGAUUGUAGUUUCCAUCAAUGUAAUUGUCUGCAUCAUUUCCAAUCCCCCAUAUAUUAUUUUUGUAGAUACACUAGCGGUCAAAAGUUUUAGAACACCUAAUCAUUCAAGGGUUUUUGUUUAUUUUUACUAUUUUCUACUUUGUAGAAUAAUAGUGAAGACAUCAAAACUAUGAAAUAACACAUGGAAUCAUGUAGUAACCAAAAAAGUGUUAAACAAAUCAAAAUAUAUUUUAUAUUUGAGAUUCUUCAAAUAGCCAACCUUUGCCUUGCUUUGCACACUCUUGGCAUUAUCUCAACCAGCUUCAUUAGGUAGUCACCUGGAAUGCAUUUCAAUUAACAGGUGUGGCUUCUUAAAAGUUAAUUUGUGGAAUUCCUUUCCUUCUUAAUGCGUUUGAGGCAAUCAGUUGUAUUGUGACAUGGUAGGGGGGUAUACAGAAAAUAGCCCUAUUUGGUGAAAGACCAAGUCCAUAUUAUGGCAAGAACAGCUCAAAUAAGCAAAGAGAAAGUCCAACAUUAAUUUUAGACAUGAAGGUUAGUCAAUACGGAAAAUUCAAGAACUUUGAAAGUUUCUUCAAGUGCAGUCGCAAAAACCACCAUGCGCUAUGAUGAAACUGGCUCUCAUGAGGACCGCCAUAGGAAUGGAAGACCCAGAGUUACCUCUGCUGCAGAGGAGAAGUGCAUUAGAGUUACCAGCCUUAGAAAUUGCAGCCCAAAUAAAUGCUUCACAGAGUUCAAGUAACAGCCACAUCUCAACAUCAACUGUUCAGAGGAGACUGUGUGAAUCAGGCCUUCAUGGUCGAAUUGCUGCAAAGAAACCACUACUGAAGGACACCAAUAAGAAGAAGAGACUUGCUUGGCCCAAGAAACACGAGCAAUUGACAUUAGACCGGUGGAAAUGUGUCCUUUGGUCUGGAGUCCAAAUUUGAGAUUUUUGGUUCCAACUGCCGUGUCUUUGUGAGACGCGGUGUGAGUGAACGGAUGUGUAUUUCCCACCGUAAAGCAUGGAGGUGUUAUGGUGUGGGGGUGCUUUGCUGGUGACACUGUCUGUGAUUUUAUUUAGAAUUCAAGGCACACUUAACCAGCAUGGCUACCACAGCAUUAUGCAGCGAUACGCUAUCCCAUCUGGUUUGGGCUUAGUGGGACUGUCAUUUGUUUUUCAACAGGACAAUGAUCCAACACACCUCCAGGCUGUGUAAAGGCUAUUUUACCAAGAAGGGGAGUGAUGGAGUGCUGCAUCAGAUGACCUGGCCUCCACAAUCCCCCGACCUCAACCAAAUUGAGAUCGUUUGGGAUGAGUCGGACCGCAGAGUGAAGGAAAAGCAGCCAACAAGUGCUCAGCAUAUGUGGGAACUCCUUUAAGACUGUUGGAAAAGCAUUCCAGGUGAAGUUGGUUGAGAGAAUACCAAGAGUGUGCAAAGCUGUCAUCAAGGCAAAGGGUGGCUAUUUGAAGAAUCUCAAAUAUAAAAUAUAUUUUGAUUUGUUUAACACGUUUUUGGUUACUACAUGAUUCCAUGUGUUAUUCCAUAGUUUGGAUGUCUUCACUAUUAUUCUACAAUGUAGAAAAUAGUAAAAAUAAAGAAAAACCCUUGAAUGAGUAGGUGUCCAAACUUUUGACCGGUACUGUAAUAAUUUUAAAAAACACAUUUCCUUCAUAAUUCAUAAAGGUCAUGUAAGCUGACUGAUUUGAUCUUUAUAUAACAAAACGUAUAAGAUCUCCUAAGCCUGUGUAAACCUCAGACCUUAUUUUCGACGUUUUAUCCCAAAACCAUUUUCUUUCCCCAUAGGAAUGGCUGACCGGUAGUGUAGAUAGAGUGCAUUCGGAAAGUAUUCAGACCCCUUGACUUUUUCCACAUUUUGUUAUGUUACAGCCUUAUUCUAAAAUGGAUUAAGUCGUUUUUUUCCCCUCAUCAAUCAGACAUGUACUGUCAACUAUGGGACCUUAUAUAGACAGGUGUCUGCCUUUCCAAAUCAUGUCCAAUCAAUUGAAUUUACCACAGGUGGACUCCAAUCAAGUUGUAGAAACCUCUCAAGGAUGAUCAAUGGAAACAGGAUGCACCCAAGCUCAAUUUCUAGUCUCAUAGCAAAGGAUCUGAAUACUUAUGUAAAUAAGGUAACUACAAGCGGACUGCACAUGACAUCAUCUCUGGUCUGAUGAAACCAAGAUUUAACUCUUUGGCCUGAAUGCCAAGCGUCAUGUCUGGAGGAAACCUGGCACCAUCCCUACGGUGAAGCAUGAUGGUGGCAGCAUCAUGCUGUGGGGAUGUUUUUCAGAGGCAGGGACUGGGAGACUAGUCAGGAUCGAGGGAAAGAUGAACGGAGCAAAGUACAGAAACAUUGUUGAUGAAAACCUGCUCCAGAGCGCUCAGGACAUCAGACUGGGGCGAAGGUUCACCUUUCAAAAGGACAACAUGGCUUCAGGACAAGUCUCUGAAUGUCCUUGAGUGGCCCAGCCAGAGCCCGGACUUGAACCCGAUCUAACAUCUCUGGAGAGACCUGAAAAUAGCUGUGCAGAGACGCUCCCCAUCCAACCUGACAGAGCUUGAGAAGAUCUGCAGAGAAGAAUGGGAGAAACUCCCCAAAUACAGGUGUGCCAAGCUUGUAGCGUCAUACCCAAGAAGACUCGAGGCUGUAAUUCCUGCCAAAGGUGCUUCAACAAAGGACUGAGUAAAGGGUCUGAAUACUUAUGUCAAUGUCAUAUUUCAUUUUUUUUCUUUAUUAAUUUGCCAACAUUUCUAAACCUGUUUUUGCUUUGUCAUUAUGGGGUAUUGUGUGUAGAUGGAUGAACAAUUUAAUCCAUUUUAGAAUAAGUCUGUAAUGUAACAAAGUGGAAAAAGUCAAGGAGUCUGAAUACUUUCCAAAUGCACUGUAUAACAUAUAUAAAAUUAGCUUCACAGCUUCAUGAAUUAGCUUCACAGCUAUUUUGCAAUCUAUAUGGCACUGAUAUACUUUUUUAUUUAUCACAAUUUUCUUUAACCAAUUUUGAUCUUUAAUGCAGAGCCGACGACAAGUUCCUUACUUUAACCCCCUUCACUUGCCUCUUCCAUUUUUGUGGUAAUGCUGCAAUUAGUUGGUUGUAAUUUUUGUAAGAGCAGACAUUUCCAUAUGUUUUUGUUAGCUGCAUGUGUGACAACUCCACCAGUCCUAUUUAUGAUAUAAUUUUAAAAGAUUAUACGUUUUAUUUUAUUCCAAAAAUAAUGUUUUUUUCAUCAAAUAGUAUAUUUGCGUUUAACCAUAAUUUUUUCUAUUUUUUGUUCUGUCUUUUCUGGUGGAUUAAAUUGAAAUUGCAACCAACUUUUUUAUUUUUUUUAAAGCAAUAUUUAAAAUAACUGAAAGUGAGAGGUUGUAUUCAGAAUAAAGGGAAAACGUCCAUUCUUGUUCAAGGGGUGAGACAUUCUUACUAAUCUGCUAUAGAACCAGUUCGGAUUUAAGUAUAACUUUCGUAUGACUGAAGCCUUUAGUGAGAGGUCUAAUGAUUUAAUAUUUAAUCAUUUCUGCCCUCCGAAUUCAUAUUCAUUAUAUAAAUAGGCCUGUUUAAUUUUGUCUGGCUUGCCGUUCCAAAUAAAAAUGAGUAUUUUUUUUGCUCAUAUAAUUUAAAAAACAAGUCGCUAGGUGUAGGCAAGGCCAUAAGCAAAUAGGUAAACUGAGAUAUGGCUAAAGAGUUAAUCAGGGGGAUUUUUCCACAAAUAGGUAUUUUCCUUUCCAUGGUAGUAAGAUCUUUUCUGGUUUUGCUAACUUUCUAUUAAAAUGUACUGUAGUGAGAUCAUUUCUUUCUUUCAGGAUAUGAAUACCGAGUAUGUCCACAUCACAGUCAGACCAUUUUAUUGGUAAACACACGGUAAUGUAAAAGUUAUUUUUUUAGUGGUAAGUGGAUAAGUAAUACUUAUCAUAAUUUGGUUGUAAUCGAGAGAGGUUAGAAAAAGUAUCUAGAUCCUCUAUGAGGCUGUGGAGGGAUCCACAUUUGUGGAUUUAAAAAAAUACAUGAAUCAUCAGCGUACAAUGACACCUUUGUUUUUAAGCCCUGGAUUUCUAGCCCCUUGAUAUUAUUGUUGUAUCUGAUUCUAAUAGCUAACAUUUCGAUAGCCAUAAUAAAUAGAUAUGCCGAUUUGUUGACAGUUUAAUACUUUGAGAAGUAGCCAUUAUUUAAUAUUUUACACCUAGGGUUAUUAUACAUAACUUUAACCCGUUGUAUAAGAGAUUCUCAAAAAUUGAAAUAUUCCAGGCAUUUAUAAAUACAUUCCAGUCGUAUUUAUCAAAAGCUUUAACAAGCAAGUGUUAGCAAAUCAGCACAAGGUUAAAAACACAUAGGUUGCAAGGCAGUGCAAAAAAACCGGAGAAUUGGCAUUUAUGAGCAACAAAGUUAACAUUCUGGUUACACCCCACACAGCAUUAUCUUACCACAUCAGUUCUUUCUGCUGUGUUGCGUAAAUGGAUCCCUAGUUCACUCGGUCCAUCUCUCGUGCCUUGCCCCUUCAACCCUUUAAUCUUGCUAUAACUCUAACCCUCUCCCUCUGUCUCUCUCUAUCCUCCUGUUCUCCCCCCAGCUCUGUGAGCUCCUGGCCCAGGAGAAGGACACCAUCCGGAGGGAGUACUGGAGCUACGUGGGCCGCUCCCUGCAGACAAAAUACUGCUCCAGUGACCCCUCUACCACCAGCAGCGCCCCAGGAACUGACCGAGGAUCAGCCUCAGCCUCCGUUCACCAGGAGACCACCUGCAGUAGCUAA